CUCAACAAUACUUAACCUUGCCUUCACAUCUGUGCCUCGUUGCUUCCCUGACAUCAACUUCCAUUAUCACUUCAAGUGUCGCGACCAUGCCGAGCACACGAUCAUCAGCACGCUCGCAAGAGGGCGGCAAUGCCAGUCCCAAAUCUGACUCCAGCGUGUCUGGCACAAAGCGCAAGGUCGAUGAAGUCACCAGCCCGACAGCGACCAAAGCCAAGCGUGAUACAGGUGCCAAGAAACAGAAGACUCUGGAGGAGAGCAUGCCGAGCGAUGAAGCUGUAGCACAAGAGCUCAAUGGCGAAGACCAAGCGAACAAGUCAGAGGCAAAGCAGAGCAAUGGUCACACCGGGGAAGCAUCGGAUGAGAAACAUGACGACGAUAUGGAGAUUGAUGGUGACGAUGAACCAGAAGGGAAGCAGGCUGGUGACGCUGAAGCGAAUGGCUCAGAGCACAAAGACGAGAAAGCACAUGAUGACAAGGAAAAGUCCAUUCAGCAAGACUCAGCCACAUCCGAGACCGAAGAGUCGAAGCCACAAGCCAAUGGAGGGUCCAGCGGAGAUGUCGGAGGAAAUGCUGUCGAGAAGGACUCAUCCCGCGAACAGGCCAUGCCGUCGAAUAUCCUCGAGAAGGGCAUCAUCCACUUCUUCACUCGCGGCAGAGUUGGUGUCGAUGACCCGGAUAGCGUCCAGGACAUCGCACGCAGCUCUUUCGUCUUGAGGCCUUUACCACAGGGCGCCAAACUCACCGAUGGCGCAAUUCCCGACAUGAAGAACAAUCGUUUGUUCGCAUUGCCCAAGAAGGUCUGGCCGAAGAGUGGAAAGGAUCGCUUCAUGGCAUUCGUCGAGAAAGCGAAAGUCGACAUGGACACCCUCAAGAAAGAGUUCUUCUCCGGCUCCGAGUACAACACCAAGACGGCAGGAGUGAGGUCGACACCUGAGAUCACGCCUGUGGGCGAGGGAGUCUAUGCGAUGACGACUACCGGAGGCGGCCAUGGAACCACGCACCUCGUUUACAUGCUCACCAUUCCGGCAGAGAUCUCAGAGGUCCAGCGGGAUCUCGGCCUUGCAGAGAAGGGCAGCUUCGUCAUGAGUCUGAAGAAUCCCAAGUCGGGUGGACCUUCAUAUGCUCAACUCCCCGAGGUCGCCGAAUUCCCCGACGAAGUUUUCGAAGAAUUCCGGGGUCGUGGCUGGAUGCCUGCUCAGCCGAAACAUCUCGACUAUGCCAAUGCCCAGGUGCUUCUCAUCGGAGAGGACUUCGAGUCUAGUAAUAAUCUUGAGCCGGCUGCGAAGGAUGAGAAGGACGAAAAGAAGGAGACACCACAGGAGGAACUUGAAAAGCUCGAAGAGGAAGACGAGCAUCGUGUGCAUAACUUGCGCGGCGACGAUACCGUAUUUGCUGACCUAGGAAUCUCAAGCAAGGAAUACCCGAAGGUACUCACGACAUGGUGAAUACUCCAUGUCGAGUGAGUGCUGAUCAUUCGGGCGUACCUGUUUUUUUUAGUGCACGUUUGCGGCGGUUUGAAAACCCUUUCUUUCUUUUUUAAUGUACAACAGACGAUGGCUACGAAAAGCAAUGAGCCGAAAUGGCCUUAUGAAUCUGAUCAAACUUUUGGAUGAAAUUUGUCCGAUGUGGAUGGCCUUCGAGUCUCCUGCUCCUGGAGCCUGUUCCAUCAGUGUCCAUCAGAGCAAGCCGAACGUGCCGAGCCAUCCACGUGCGGCGC